CGUGCUUUUCAGGUGUCCUCUUCCUCGGGUCAAGGAAUUCAUUGUUUAGUUUGGAUGUAAUGCAAAUGUGCUAGAUUGGAGCGUGAUCUCUCGUCGCUGUGGCCUGCACCUGUUCCUUCUUUUGAAUGUGUGUCUCUUGAAAUUGUUUCAUUCGACGGCUGUCAAGUUCUGGGUCGUGUUCAGCGUACGCCUGCCGUGCUGCACGACCAUGGGUUACGAUCUUUGCCGUUUUCAAGGCGACGUCGAUGAAGAGUUGAUCUGCCCGGUUUGCUCAGGUGUUCUCGAGGAACCCCUACAGGCCCCUCAGUGUGAGCAUGCCUUCUGCCAAGGCUGCAUCUGCCAAUGGUUGUCACGACAGCAGACAUGCCCUGUUGACCGGCAGUCCAUCACUGCAGCACAGCUUAAGCCUGUGCCACGCAUUCUGCGAAACUUGCUGUCCAGGCUGCAAAUGUCAUGUGACAAUGCCCAGUUCGGCUGCAGUGCCAUUGUCAAGCUUGACUGUCUGACAUCACACCGAGAGACUUGUGAGCACAACCCUCGGCGACCAGUGCCAUGUGAGCAGGGCUGUGGCCUUGUUAUUCCGAAAGAUGAACUGAAGGACCACAACUGUGUUAAGGAGCUUCGAUCACUGGUGCAGUCUCAGCAACAAAGGCUCAACGAGUUCCAACUGGAGAUCAGGGAGCAGUGGCGAGAGAUCAACUUGCUCAAGGAUUACAUCAGAUCAAUGCGAACAUUCAGCUCCCCCCUGCCUCCUGCCUUGGACUCCCUUGUUGAGCAGGAUGAAGUCAUGGG